CGUAUCCGCCCUAUUUCUUUUCCACCGCCCCCAUCCACUGCAACAUUCAGGCAGGUUCACCUAAUGUGCUUAUGCACAGUCUCUCUUGGUGACGCCGCUGCUGUAUUGGGAAAUAUUCGUUGAAUCGGGAGCAUUCAAAGUAUAAAUCAGCAGCCGUUACUUCAAGCUACUUUCUUUACUACUGAUACGCUAAAAUAACACGAAAAAUGUCCGAUCCAAUGACUCAGUCUUCUCAGAUUUCGUCGUCACACGGCCUAAAUGAUGGACACUCUGCAACGUCCAAAGACUCGAAGUCUUCCGAUUCCUUUAUUUCUUCGCCUGUAUCUCUCAUUCAGUCUCCUCAAGAAAUAAAAGUGGUACUGGGCUCUGACAAGUCUGCAGAGAAUUUGGCCACCUCUCUUCACUUUUCUCCUCCGCAAAGUUUCUUUUCUCCAGUUGCUUAUCAAUCUUCAGGACCACCUGAAGGUGACAUAGGUCAUACUUUUAAAGAGAAAAAAGAACAACUUGAAUCUUUUGGAUCUCAAAAUCAGGACUCGUCACCUAUAAAGACAUCCCCAGUGUCUGAGAGAAUCAAAGCACUUGAAGCUCUAGCUGCCAAGCAGAAAGAUAUUGAUAGGAAUAAUGGUGGGUUUUCACAUUUUAAAGAUCGGCACUAUGAGAAGUCUGAUACUGUAUCACAUGGAAUUUCCUCCCGUUUGUCCUUUCAAAAAAAGACAUCGUCAACUGAGCAGGAUUCACCAGAAUCACCUUUUGAGGUGCUUGUUGAGGUAAAGUGUGGAAAUGACUUUGAGGACACUGUUGACUGGAUGAAAGCACACUUGCCUCCAGCACCAGAUUUCAGUGCUGGAAAUUCUGAUCUUGAAGAGGGAAAGGACUCUCCCUUGGUACUGGAGAGUCCAUACAAAGUGCUGAAAACAAGCAAAGUUGAGAAACCUGAAGAUCCUGAAACUUUUGCAGUAGUCCCUGAUCAGUUCAUGGACCGUCCUACCAAUGUGGCUGAAAUAAAUGACAAAAAACAACCAGAACAUGAGAGUGUUGAAGAAGAAUCUGAAUUUGACCUAAGCUUUUUACCUACAGCUUAUAUGUGGGAGAGUCAAGAGAAACCAAAUGUGGAGACUCAAUAUUAUCAAAUAUACCUUGAAAAUGAAGGGCUUAAUGCCUCCCCUGCACCUCCUGUAGAAUCUGAGUCUCCAUCACCUCCUGCUACUCGACAGACAGACACUAGUUCUGUGCAACAUAUCAGUACUUCAAAGGGAAACUUGGAGCCUGCUGAAAUCUUAGAGGUAGACAGCUCUGGGGAGUCAGAUGAUACAGUGAUUGAGGAAGCUGGGAGCAUCCCAACUAUAGGAAACAGUUGCCUUGAAACUGAACUACAUACGAAGGUGACUACAAUCCCAAAUCAGGAAAAAACUAUUCAGGUUCCGAUUAUUAAUGUAAUUGAGACAGAGGAACAGGUUCUCAGUGAUGAUUAUGAUGAAGAAGAAGAAGAACAGCACGAGUUAGAAAUAAAGGAGGAGGAACUUAACUAUAAGAGUAUGCAAGGUGAGGGCCAAGAGUCAACUACCCAGCAUUACAAAUGUCCAGAUGUCCCAGAACACACAUCUGUAGAAACUGACCCAAAAAUGUCUUUUAUGACGGACUCGGAUGCAGAAUAUUCUUCUAAGCAUAUGAUGAUUGAAGAUGAUCAUGAAAAAAUUUCUACUAAAACUGACUCGGAUACAGAAUAUUCUUCCAAGCAUAUGAUGAUUGAAGAUGAUCAUGAAAAAAAUUAUUCUACGACUGACUCGGAUGCAGAAUAUUCUUCCAAGCAUAUAAUGAUUGAAGAUGAUCAUGAAAAAAUUUAUUCUAUGACUGACACAGAUGCAGAAUAUUCUUCCAAGCAUAUGAUGAUUGAAGAUGAUCAUGAAAAAAUUUCUGCUAUGACUGACUCGGAUGCAGAAUAUUCUUCCAAGCAUAUGAUGAUUGAAGAUGAUUAUGAAAAAAUGUCUUCGAUGACCCUUUCGGAUGCAGAAUAUUCUUCUAAAUGUUUGAAGAUUAAAGAUGAUCACGAAACUAGCAUUUGCCUUCAGUCUUCUGACUCUGGUGGUCUGAAUUUGAGUGACUCUGAGGUUCAGCUUCCGAAGUCACAGAAUUCUGUGUCCAAUGAGGGCCCUAUGGAGUCAUUUUUUGACAAAGAGCCUGAAAAAUCUGCAGAAAUAUUUUCUGAUGAUCCCCUUCAUUACAGUUCCCCCCUAAAUGAGCCCAGUGAAGUAGAGACUUACUUGGAUCAUUAUGCUAGUGAGGAACUUGCUUUAAAAGAUCAGCUGAAUUCAGUUUAUUUAGAGAGUAAAAGGGAGGAAACUGCACAGUCCAGCUGUCUUGCAGAUAAUCCAAACAUCAGUACCCUUGUUCAAGAAUCAUUUGAGGAAAAUAUUUCUGAAGAUUAUGAUGAGACACCCAAUGAACCCAAUCUGGACUGUGACCCAGUACCUGUGCCCUCUCUAUCUGACCCCUCAUCUAAUAUUCCUGACCACUUUGAGAAUGUUGUCACUCUAAGCAAACUGCCUACUGUUGAUUUACAAGAACAGAUGUCAGCAGAGAAAAGCAGUGAAACUCUGCUCUUGCAGGAGGAGUUGCCAAUCCAGUCUGAUGACCAACAACUCCCUGUUCAGGAGAACACACCUACACUGUUUCCCUCUUUCCACAAUGAGCAGUCUGGCCAAAUCGAUGAGGUUAUUUCUUGUCCUGUGACAAGUGAUGUCAUAGAUGCUGCAAUAACUAACUCUAAACCUGAAGUUGUGACCCCCAAAGAUGUUUUAGAUAGAUUGGAUUCUCCAGAGACCACAAGUGAUACAGAGAAUGUUGAACCUGAAUGUUCAGCAACAGAUAGUUUUGUGGAGUUUAUGAGGGAGUGUCUUAAGUCAAAGGAGGAUGUGGAUUCCAAGAGCCACAGUCCAGGACAUGUAACUAUAGACCAAAAUGCAAUAUCUGAUGUUUCUACAACCACACACUCCUCCCCGGCAAUGAUCAUGGACUUUGAGCAGGAGAGCCUUACAAUUUCUACUUUGAAAAAGCUUGGAAGCAGCCAGGAACAGAGAGAUGAAAAUCAUUCCACAGUGAAUACUGACAUGAUGCCCAGUAAAGUCGUUCUUCCAAUGCAUACCAAUCCUGAGCAUUCAAUCACGUCAUCAUCACCACUUGAAACUCUUCCAAAUGAGUAUGCGUCUGAUUCCUUACUUCCCAAGGAGGUGGAGGCAAUUGACAUUUUGGUGGCAGAAGCAUACCACCUUGCGGAGCACGUCUUGACAGUAAUACUAACCCACCUAACAGUGUGUGACCUGGUGCAUUGGCGGGACCCUAAGAAGUCAGGUGUGGUGUUCGGUGUGUCGCUGCUCUUGCUGCUUUCUCUGGCAGCGUUUAGUGUGAUCAGCGUCGUCUCCUACCUGCUUUUGGCCCUGCUCUGCGUCACCAUCUCUUUCCGCAUCUACAAGUCUGUCAUCCAGGCUGUCCAGAAGUCUAACGAAGGACACCCCUUCAAGGCUUUGAUGGAAAAAGAUGUUACCUUGCCCCCCGAGACGUUCCGCAAGCACGUGGACCAAUGUCUGACCCACGUCAACUGUGUGCUCAAGAAGAUGAGCCGCCUCUUUCUUGUGGAGGAUCUGGUGGAUUCCCUUAAGCUGGCAGUGGUUAUGUGGGUGCUCACAUAUGUUGGAGCCGUUUUCAAUGGCAUCACCCUCCUCAUCCUCGCGGACAUCCUACUCUUUAGUGUACCACCCAUCUAUGAGAAAAACAAGACCCAGAUUGAUCAUUACAUUAACAUUGUGCGCACUCAAGUCAAUAAUACAAUUGCAAAGUUACAAGAGAAACUCCCAGGAGCUAUGAAGCGCUGUAAAACAGAAUGAUUCAUCUCUAACAUCCCUCAGCACCACGUUUACCAUUUGUCAAUCUUUAGCCACCUCCCUUCCUACUUGACUCCACCCCUUUCUCUCUCCCUCUUUAACCUCUUAAAACGACCAUCUGCACUGAACCAGCUAGUAUGUAAAAUCAAAAAGCUUCUUGAUAUUCAAUGUUAACUCUGCAGCAUACUUGCAAGCAUUAGGUAAAGAAGCUUGUGGCUCCAGGAGCUGCUCUCUCCAGUGCAGGAGUGAUGUAACAUUGCAACUGGAUGCUUAUUAUGACAGCCAGUUUAGGUUAGGGUUUGUGAACUAGACUGAACCUAUGACCUGGUUUUGAGUGUGGGUUGGGUGGUGUGGUAGUGAUGAAUAAAAACAGGUUGGUUGACUUCAGAGCAAAUGUCUGGACUUUAAAAUGAAACAUUUCACUGAAAUGCAAUGACAGAAGUAAAGAAAUUGUGCUUCAAAAACCAGGCGGCAUAAGACAACAACUUGUAAGCAUCCUCUACCAUAUCUGUUCCCCCCUUCUUGAGUUCUUCUAAAAAUGUAUUAUUCAUCUGUAUUGCACUGAACAUUAAUAGACUUGCACAUGAGAAACAGUCAGGAUGGAUAUGGAUGCUAACAGUGGUGAUAAUUUGGUCUAGUUCACUAUCCUACUUGUUACUGGCGGUGUUUUUAAUUUUGUUUAUGUAUAUAUAGUAAGAUUACAACAGGCUCUUUGCUGUGAAGUAGCUAGCGAUGCUUUUAUAUUUAAAAACAAAUAUACAGCUUAUAUAUUUGUCUUUUUCGCACCUCUUGCACUCAGUUCUAAGAUGAAUUUACAAGUAAAUGUUAUUGUUAAUACUAUUCAAAUACUUAAAUCACAUCUCGAUUAAUAAGGCUGCUUUAUUGUCCCGUCUGACAUUGGCUUUAGAACAAUAAAUAUUAUUAUCCUUAAGAUUUUAUGUAAUUCAAAGCAUCAGAAUGUGGGAGAGGAAGAUAAUAAUUUUCUGUUAGAUAUAUUAAGCUGGCCUCAUCAUUUAUGUAUUCACCGUAACCUUUUUAAAUGUAAAAUUGAUUAUGUCAACAUUUAAGGGCAUCAUUUAACACCUAGAGCACAUAAGUUUAAAGUUGAUUUUCUUUUUUUUCUUUAAUGGCUGCAAAGAACAGCAAAGAUGCAUGACUUAAUGAAAUAUCUACCAUAUCAUCAAUAGUUGGAAUUAAACUGGUAAUGUAAAGCACAUGCUUUUAUUACUAUAUUAUCUUUCAGCUCCUAAAAGUUUAAUUGUGGCAUAAAACAUUCUUGCUGAUGCAGUUGGAAGCGUGUUGUUGGACUUUUAAUUAUAACACUGAGAAAUUUUUCACAAAUGUGCACAUAAUCUAUGGUAGUUUAAAAGUAGUACCAUUUUUGUUUGUUUGUUUUUUGUUAUCAAGACUCCUUUCUAAUAUCGUGAAUUUGCUCAUGUCAGGUUUUUGGUUUUUUUUCCUCUCUUCUCACUACUUUGUGUUAUAUGCAUGUUUAUGCACAUUCACAUGCAGACUAAACUUUGUCUGAUCAUUGUGUUGCAUAGCUAGCAUGUGGGUGAGGACACAGGUGUUGCUUUCGAAUAAUUGGUCACGCUUUAAAAAGGUCUCUUUUUUUUUCAAUUAACUGGUAAAUUAUGAAAAUUUAACUACUUUUUAAUAAAUGCAGGACACUCUCUCUCUCUCUGUCUAAAUAUUUGCUUUUCAUUUAAACUUAUUCCUGUAGUGCUUUAGGAUGUUUGCCAUUUCUUUACUUGUCAAUUUCUCUUUGAAAGGGUGAUUGCUUUUGCUUAUCCCGUUUUCCUCGGUUAAACUAGAUGUGAUGACUAACAUCUACAUUCAGUUUGUAUUUGUAGUUUUGAAUGAAAUUAAUAUGUGGGAGAUUUUUGGGAGAAAAAAUGCAAACAAGUAAAAUUGUGGUCCCUGUAACAAUGUCAAAGUGAGCUAAAUAAAAAUGCCAAAAGCAUGUGUAGUUCUUAAGCUUUUGUUUCUCCUUCAUGGAUCUUUAACAACAAUUUAUUAAGUGGUUUGAAUGUGUACCACAAAAAACCUAGAUCCAACAUUUUGUACUGUAAAUGUAAAGAAUGUGGCAUUGGAAUUCUAAAUUUAAUGCAAGCUUUACAUAUCAAUAAAUGAAAUGGGCACCA